AUGUCGGUUCUCACUGGUCUGAUGAAGGCGUCCGUCCUUGCCGUCUUACUCCUGCAGUGGACAACCAGUCAUCCGGUUCUGGGCAGAUAUCUUGAAGAAGAAGACAGCCUCACCAGAACGGACAGCUUCUCUCCCAUCGAGCUGUUUCCCAGGGAUGAGGCAGAUAUGACUGUUGACCUGAGAAGCGGUUCCAGGAGAUCUUGGCUUCAGGCGAGGCAGCUGGGCGACAUCGAGUUCACAAACAGAUACGCUGAACUUCUCAAAUCCAAAGCUAAAGUCACCUCCAUGUGUUCCUUCCUCAAACGAAUGCAGAACAGCAAGAAAAGCAAUGUCGGUGGAGAUGAAGACCGACUGAUGUUCAUGAUGAAACAGUAUUCAUCAGACGCGGGGGUCACAGCCAAAAUCAGUAGAGAAGUCCCAGCAGGUCUCUUCAGCAUCAACGGCCUCAAUGUCAUCGCCAUCACUGUACUUGACUUUGAGACAUUUGACAAAGCCAACCCCUAUGAAGUGGACAUCGAGUGUACCAAAGAUGGUUUCAGCCCUACAACACUGAAUCUGAAAAUAAUAGUGGAAAACAUCAACGAUAACGCUCCUGUAUUUGAAUUAAAUGAGUACAUAUUAAAUGUCAAUGAGCUACAAAAAGAGAAUACAAUUGUUGGACACUUCAAAGCGACUGAUGCUGAUGAAGGCGAUCAAAUUUCCUAUCGGCUUGAUUCUCCUGAGGGAGAUUUUGCCCUAGAAAGUGAUUUCAAUCCUAACAUUCUGGUGAAGAAACUUCUGGAUUAUGACAAAGUAAAAAAAGUCACCAUGACUCUUUAUGCACAGGACAUGGUGUCCAACAGCGGCUCCACAAUCAUAACGGUCAACAUCGUAGACGUGGACAAUCGGCCGCCGUGGUUCCAACCCUGUACAGAAUCUCAGAUCGGUGUCAGCACAGUGUGCAUCAGCUCUGGAUACACAGGGACGGUCAACUUAACCCAACAAGCGGUAGGUCCUUUGUCCUUGAUGCCAGGUCCGGUCAGAGCCAUCGAUGGUGACAAAGGGAUAAACGAACCUAUUGGUUACAGAUUCCUUGAAGAAAAUGACAUUUUUGAUAUCAACCCUGACAGUGGCGACAUCACAACGAAGAAACCCGUCGAUGUUGCAGGUCCGAUCGUUCUUAUGGUCAUGGCAUAUCAGAAACUGAACAGCGAUCAGUACACAACUAACACGGUCGUCUUGAGGGUGGUGUCGGCUAGUAUACACCCUCCCAAAUUUGUGAAGUCCAAUUACGAAGGGUUUAUCUCAGAGGACGCAGGUGUGGACAGUCUGGUGCUGGAGAGCAAAACGUCUAUAAGACCCCUGCGAGUUCAAGCUACAGAUGACGACUUUGCUAACGGGGUGAAUCCUGACAUUAGAUUUGAGGUCAUUGGCGGGACUGACUUCGUCAUUACUCCUGAAGGUUUCAUCCUCAUGGUACAGGAGGUUUCCGUAGGAAGUGUGAAUUUGCAAAUGAGGGUGGUUGACACGACCAAUGAUGAAUCGAGCAUCACCUCUCUUACAGUUGAGGUCACUCCAGGUAAGACCACAAGCACAGUUAAAACCACAGAACAGACGACAGAACACACAACAGAUAAGACCACAGAUCAGACCACAGAUCAGACCACAGAUCAGACCACAGAUCAGACCACAGGCACACAGUUAACAGACAGCAUUCCCACUACUCACCCGGACAUCCACACAACUCUUGGCCACACCACAGAAAACAACCAGUUGCGAGUUGGCGGGUACAGAGCGGAGGAUAUGGCCGCUGUAGGUGCCAGUCUGGCUGUGAUCAUCGUUCUCUGUCUGGUUGGCAUCGGACUGCUGGCACAUCACGUCAAGAGCCAUAACUCAGACUGGAAGAAGCUUUCUGAGGCCAGCGUCUUCAGAAGCAACAUGGGUGGGGGUCCAGGAGGCCCUAAGGAGGGCGUGCAGUACACUAACGAGGGCUUCCAGAAUGACGGGGAUUCUGGAAGCGUGAGCUCCGGGCUUGCCGCACACCUGGAGAGGAAACUGGAGUCCGGGGCGAGGUCUUCUCCGGAGCCGACGCUCAACACCGCAUCCGUUCCCCAGACGAGAGCCGCACCUGACUCCAGCAGCCUGGCCAGUGUGGAUAUGGAGAAAGAGGUCAAACCCAUCCUGACCAAAGAGCGACGGGCAGAGGAGGGCUACAAAGCCGUCUGGUUUAAGGAAGACAUCGACCCCGACACUAAAGAGGAAGUGGUCAUCAUUCCUGACACGGGUGAACCGGCAGAUCAUGACGAGGAUGAUGACGAUGAUGAAGAUGAUGAAGAACAUAUGAAAACAGAGCCUGCGGGAAGAUUUCCUAGAGAUUCAGACUCAGAGGAUGAAGAAGGGUUAACGUCUGAUUUGUAG